UAGCUCCCAAAUAUCAGCUGGUCGUUUGUUUUGAUUUUCGCGUGAUAUAACUUUUGUUUGUAAAAAAAUAAAUAAGUACAAAAAACAAGACAAGGGUGAUGUUGAAGCAUGGUCAGCUCAUGUGGCGAUAUCUAGUGCCCCGCCAUUUGCAUACGAGCUGUCCGCUUGGGCAGCAAAUCAACUACUACGAUGCCUUGGGAAUAGCAAAGAGAUCCACACAAAAUGAAAUCAAAGCUGCGUAUUAUAAAUUGUCCAUGGUUUAUCAUCCGGACAGGAAUCAGGGAAGUGAGAGCGCCGCCAAGAAAUUUCGGGAGAUUAAUCAGGCGUAUGAAGUUUUGGGUAACUAUCGACUAAGGCGGCUCUAUGACAAGGGAAUUGUCCAUACUGCAGGCUCUCAAUAUGCUCAGGAUAUACACGACCAGGCGGCAGAGGCGGUGGAGGAUGAUCCAGAGACCAAGUUCUACAAGUCACGUUUCAAGAAGUCCAAAGUGGCCGAUACUGAGGGUCGAACUCCUAUCUACGAUUUCGAUGAAUGGUCGCGUGCGCACUAUGGCAAAAAUUUUGAACGUCGCCAGACGGCCCAGGCCAAAUACGAAAGGAUUCGAGUGCAAAAGGAGCAGAAUAGCAUAUCCAAGCAGACGGAUACUGUGAUGAUUGCCUUCAUUUUUGCCGCCGUGGCCGUUUAUUUGAUGUUCAUGGCUGAGAGUUCCUACGACACGCCCCAACAGCGGGCGGAUAGCAAGCAGCGAAGCGAAAAGGGAGGUGCGGGCACUACCUAGUUGUCGUAGAAUCAACUUCUCUAGUCCAAUUCUUUUAGUUGCUUAAGCGUAAAAAUUGUUUUAAUUACGAUAUUAACAAGGAUGUGAAUAUACAGUAGAUCAAUCGAUUUAAA